AUGGCGCUCCCAGUACUCGGGAAGGCCUGGACGCUUUACCCAGGCUACGGCUUUCUUUUCGCUUGGCUAGUGGCAGCACUCGCUGCGGUCGGAUACCGAAGCACCGCACGAUUUGGAGGAGUCCAAGGCGAUGGAUCGAGUCGGAGGCAGCCCCACGCUGCCAUGACAAGGGCAUCGCGUUCCAUCUCCAUCGCUCCGAAGAGCUUCGUCAACGAAUCCCCCUACUCAAUCAUGUUUGGGCUGGACAGAUGUGGCACCACCAACAAGGUGCACUUCAUCUACAAGCACAAAGGCCCUAAAUCCGACAAGCACAUCGAGCAUCACCUCAAGUACCCGCCAUCGCCAGUGGCUGACAAGCUCUCUCACGUCUACACAGCAGUGAUCUACCCGAACAACACGCUCAAGAUCCUCGUCGACGGCAAGGAGGAGAAGAGCGUCGACCUCCUCUCGAGCGACUUCCAGCCGGCCGUGAUCCCGCCCAAGACCAUCCCCAAUCCCGACGACAAGAAGCCCGAGGACUGGGACGAGCCGGCGAAGAUCCCCGAUCCGGAAGCGACCAAGCCCGAUGACUGGCUGGACAACGAGCCGGACGCUCCACUGGAGAUCGAGGACGCGGAGGCGGUCAAGCCCGAUGACUGGCUGGACAACGAGCCGGACGAGGUUGACGAUCCGGAAGCUAGCAAACCCGCGGACUGGGACGACGAGGAGGAUGGCGAGUGGGAGCCCCCGAAGAUCAGCAACCCAAAGUGUGAGGAAGCGUCUGGGUGUGGAGAAUGGAAGAGGCCCAUGAAGAGGAACCCGGACUACAAGGGGAAGUGGUAUCCUUCGAUGAUCGACAACCCGGCUUACAAGGGGAUCUGGGCUCCGAAGCAAAUACCAAACCCGGAGUACUUCGAGUUGGACAGGCCGGAUCUAGAGCCGAUCUCGGCGAUAGGGAUCGAGAUCUGGACGAUGCAGGACGGCAUUCUUUUUGACAACAUCCUGGUGGCGACCGACGAGGCUGUGGCAGCAGAGUACAGGGAGACGAAAUGGAAGCCCAAGUAAGAGGCUGAGAAGGAGAAGCAAAAAAUUGAAG